CCAAUACUUCUUGGUGAACGCGAAACCCAGAAAACUCAUCAGCUCUUCUUUCCGGAACGGGUCAAAAUUACGCCGUUAAUUCUUUGGGAUUGAAAUUAUCACAAUUUAAUCCAAUUUUACUAUUCUCAAAAUGGAUUCAAAGCCAGAAAAUAAGUGGUGGAACUGCGCUCCUUGCAAGUUGAGGUUUAUUUACAAAAGUGAAUUUGUUCGUCAUCUCUUGAAACACGAGACAAACGUGAAAUGCGAGAUUUGCGGCCUGAUUUCUAAAAACAGACUCGCCUUAUCUUCUCACGUCGCAAAAAUUCACGGCAACCGGAUCCGACCUGCUUGCAGUAUUUGUAACAAGACUUUAUCCAACCAAGCCAAUUUACGGAAACACCUUGACACCGUGCACAACAUGGAGGAGGAUCGACCCCGUUUCCCAUGUGGAUUUCCUGGCUGUGAAAAAAGCUACUUGACCAAAGGGGACUUGACGAAGCAUGUGAAAGCUGGACAUGUCGAGAAUCCGGUCAGAUUUCCGUGCACACGAUGCGGAAAAGAAUUCAAAACGAGGGCCUACCUUGGCCGACACGUUUCCACCCACACGACCGAUAAGCCAUGUAAAUGUGCCACCUGUGGGAAAUGUUUCGCUUGCAGGAGAUACAUGACAAUUCAUAAGAGGAUUCAUACUCAAAAGUCUGGCCGAGAAACGUUCCAGUGCCACCUCUGUCUGCAGACUUUCCUGACGAAGUACGGCGUCCAGAGGCACAUUCGGGUUAUUCAUGAAAAGCAGAGGAAUCAUCGGUGCACAUUUUGCGAAAAGAGUUUCUCGAGUCCCUCACAUUUGAAGAAUCACGUGGACGCGAAACACGACCCGGAUAAGAAGAUUUACACCUGCACCGAAUGCGAAUACAAAAGUCAUGCAAAAGGAAAGUUAGCUCAACACGUGAAGCGUCACGAUGUUUCGAAUUGGCGUGAGUGUUACUUUUGCAAGAAGCAGUUUGCCAGCUUCCCAGAAUUGGUGAGACACUUUGGUCGGAUUCACACUUUAGAGAAGUAAAAAUUUAUUAGGGAAUCUCCUAUGGAGAAGUCCGUUUCGUAGGUUUUAAAACGUGUAUGUUCUUGGUAUCCGUAUGCAGUAAUUUUGUAGCAUUCGUUUCAUUGACCGAUUUGUGAAUGUUAAUUUUUGACAACUUUUGUAAGCCUGUUCCAAAAGUGUAAUAAAAUGCAAAAAUGUUGACAAAAG